AUGUCGUCCUACUUGUUCAAGCACUCUAGUGUGGGAACAUUAUUGCACUAUGCCAAACACCGCAAGUUCGACUACACCCGCAAGCCACCCAAACCAUUAUCCCCAUCUUCGUCAACAGACGACCUCCCCUUUCCAAAAGAAGAAGUACCCAUAGAGGGCGCUAUUGGCGCGGAGCUCAAGCAGCAUCAAACCACACUUGUAGACUGGAGUGGCCCAGACGACCCCAGCAACCCCCAGAACUGGCCUCGGAGUCACAAAAUCCUCGUGACGGUCAUACUCUGCGUCUACACUUUCGCCGUCUAUGUUGGAUCUUCGAUAUACACUUCCUCACAGCAAGCUGUGAUGGAUAUAUUUGACGUCAGUCAUGUUGCAGCCUCGCUAGGUAUCGCACUGUACGUGCUCGGCUACGGUAUCGGGUGUCUGCUAUUCUCCCCACUGUCCGAGGUUCCAGCUAUCGGCAGGAACCCUCCAUAUGCCAUAUCGGGAUUCUUGUUCGUUAUCCUGUGUAUACCCACUUCCUUAGUGGACAACUUCGCCGGGUUGAUGGUGCUGCGAUUCCUUCUGGGUUUCAUGGCAUCGCCCUGCCUCGCUACUGCGGGUGCGUCGCUCGCAGAUGUCUGGACAAUGGCCGAGUUCCCGUUCGCCGUCGCCCUCUGGGCCAUGGUCGCCACAUUGGGUCCUGCCCUGGGCCCAACACUGUCUUCCUACGCCGUCAAGGAUUUGGGAUGGCGCUUCUCGAGCUGGGAGCUGCUCAUCAUCUCAGGACCAGUAUAUCUCGUGUUGCUUCUUGUUCUACCAGAGAGCUCUGGACCCACUAUCCUCUACUACAAGGCUAAGCGUAUGCGCGAGGAGACAGGAAACCAGGAGCUUAUGUCUGACUCGGAACGCAAGCAGAAGAACAUGAAGGUCAGCAGUUUGCUAUUUGAUGCUCUCGUCAAGCCCUGGGAAAUCAACGUUCUGGACCCGGCCAUCUUGUUCACGACGGUAUACAUGGGCUUGUGUUAUGGUAUCUACUACUCAUUCUUUGAGUCUCUUCCCUUGGUCUACGUCCCCAUGUAUAACUUCAAUGCCGAGACAACUGGCCUCAUCUUCCUUUCAAUUCUUCCAGGCUGUGGACUCGCAUUCACUGUCCACGUCUUGUACCUCAAGUACCGAGUCUUCCCCCGUUUGAUGACCGGUACAUUUGGCGAGCUUGAAAACCACCUGUGGCCUGGUUUAAUUGCCAGCCCUAUCAUCGCGAUUGGACUGUUCAUGUUUGCAUGGGCAUCUCGACCCUCUGUCCAUUGGAUUGUACCUACGAUCGGUCUCGGUCUGACCGUCUUUGGAAUCUACUUCAUCGCUCAGAGUGUCUUGCUCUACAUCCCGAACAUCUACCCGCGUUAUGCAGCCAGUAUCUUCAGCGCAAACAGUCUGAGCAGAAGCGCGUUCGCUUUUGCCGCCAUUCUAUUUGCACGACCCAUGUUCGAGGGCAUUGGAAUCGAUGGAGGAGUGAGCUUGUUGGCAGGGUGCAUGGUAAUCUGCUCUGUUGGCAUUUUCCUCUUGUACAAGUUCGGUAAGAAGCUGCGAGAGCGCAGCCGAUUCGCCGUCGCAUAG